UGCUGAGGCUGAGGCGGCGCGGCGGCCGGGAGGGGGGCGGCUAGUGGCCCGAGCGACACGCGCCCGCCGCGACCCUAUGCAGUGACUCGUGCGGCGCAGGCGCCUCCUGCCCCGCCGGCGGGGCCCGGGCUUCCCGCGGCGGGAUGUUCUCCCGAAGGAGCCACGGGGAUGUGAAAAAGUCCACGCAGAAGGUGCUGGACCCCAAGAAGGACGUGCUGACCCGCCUGAAGCACCUGCGGGCGCUACUGGAUAAUGUGGAUGCAAGCGAUCUUAAGCAGUUUUUUGAGACCAACUACUCUCAGAUAUAUUUCAUCUUCUAUGAAAAUUUUAUAACACUGGAAAAUAGUUUGAAGUUAAAAGGGAAUAAUAAGUCACAAAGGGAGGAGCUGGACUCCAUCCUCUUUCUUUUUGAAAAAAUACUGCAGUUUCUACCUGAACGAAUUUUCUUUCGAUGGCAUUACCAGAGUAUAGGCUCAACUUUAAAGAAGCUUCUACACACUGGAAAUUCUAUUAAGAUAAGAUGUGAAGGAAUCAGACUGUUUCUUUUGUGGCUUCAAGCACUUCAGACAAACUGUGCAGAAGAGCAGGUGCUGAUUUUCGCUUGCCUGGUGCCUGGUUUCCCCGCGGUCCUGUCAUCCAGGGGACCCUGCACACUGGAGACACUCAUCAACCCUAGCCCUAGUGUAGUUGAUGCAAAAAUAUACCCAGAAGAAAUCACACCACUUCUGCCAGCUGUGUCAGGGGAGAAGAUUGCUGAGGACCAAACCUGCUUUUUUCUUCAAAUACUGUUGAAAUAUAUGGUUAUUCAGGCUGCAAGUUUGGAGUGGAAGAAUAAGGAGAAUCAAGAUACUGGUUUUAAAUUUCUUUUUACAUUGUUUCGAAAGUAUUAUCUUCCUCAUUUGUUUCCAUCAUUUACUAAGUUAACCAAUGUCUACAAACCUGUACUUGAAAUUCCCCAUUUGAGACCAAAGCCAAUAUAUGUUACUGUAACUCGAGAUAAUGAAACAACUUACAGUACAAAAAUUCCAUACAUGGCAGCGCGUGUUGUUUUCAUUAAAUGGAUUGUAACUUUCUUUUUGGAAAAAAAAUAUCUAACUGCAACACAAAACACUAAAAAUGGAGGUGAUGUAUUGCCUAAACUCAGCCAGACUGGUGGUGGUGGUGCAGCCCAAGAAAAGGUGCCCGAGCUGGAUGGUGCUGGGUCCACAGAGCAGGACAAAAGCCAUUCUAACAGCAGCACCUUGUCUGACCGAAGACUCAGCAACUCCAGUCUUUGUAGCAUUGAAGAAGAGCAUCGAACAGUGUAUGAAAUGGUGCAGCGGAUCCUCCUGUCAACACGGGGUUAUGUGAAUUUUGUGAAUGAAGUAUUUCGACAGGCAUUUUUGUUGCCUUCCUGUGAGAUAUCUGUAACAAGAAAAGUAGUUCAAGUAUACAGGAAGUGGAUUCUCCAGAACAAACCGGUGUUCAUGGAGGAACCAGAUAAAAAGGAUGUUGCCCAGGAAGAUGCUGACAAAUUAGGACUCUCAGAGACUGACUCCAAGGAGGCCUCAUCUGAAAGUUCUGGCCAUAAACGGUCAUCCAGCUGGGGACGUACAUAUUCCUUCACAAGUGCCAUGAGCAGAGGAUGUGUGACAGAGGAGGACAACACAAAUGUGAAGGCUGGGGCCCAGGCUAUGCUGCAGGUCUUUCUUACAAAUGCUGCGAAUGUCUUUUUGCUGGAGCCAUGUGCUGAGGUCCCCACGCUCCUGAGAGAACAAGUGGAUGCUUGCAAAGCUGUGCUGAUUAUUUUUCGGCGCAUGAUAAUGGAACUUACAAUGAAUCAAAAGACAUGGGAGCAGAUGUUGCAAAUCCUUCUCAGGAUAACAGAAGCUGUCAUGCAGAAGCCAAAGGAUAAGCAUGUAAAGGACUUGUUUGCCCAGAGUUUGGCAGGGUUGCUUUUCAGGACACUUAUCGUGGCUUGGAUCCGAGCAAACCUCUGUGUGUACAUUUCUCGGGAGCUUUGGGAUGACUUUCUAGGUGUGCUGUCGUCCCUCACAGAGUGGGAGGAGCUCAUCACCGAGUGGUCCAACAUCAUGGACUCUUUGACAGCAGUGCUCGCAAGAACUGUGUAUGGAGUUGAGAUGACAAACCUACCUCUAGAUAAAUUAAGUGAACAGAAGGAGAAGAAACAGCGUGGCAAAGGUUGUGUUCUAGAUUCCCAAAAAGGGGCCGCUGUGGGUAGAUCCUUUUCUCUCAGCUGGCGUAGCCAUCCAGAUAUGACAGAGCCAAUGAGAUUCAGAAGUGCUACCACAUCUGGAGCACCAGGAGUUGAGAAGGCCAGAAAUAUUGUUCGCCAAAAAGCAACUGCUAAGCGAAGCCAGUCUAUCAGCAACUGUGUCCACCUCUCUGAGGCUUUGCCUGCCACUAAAAGCGUCCCGCUCCUCCUCCAUACCGUGAGCGCUCUCUUCCCUGGUCUCUCUUACUCUUCUUGCUCUCACAGGCUGUCAGAAGUGGAGGAAUUCCAGCAGGCAGAGAGUACACCCACAGCCGACUCUGAUUAUCUUGUGGUGGGACAGCAGCAGGUCCCCCGGAGCAGCAGCACCUCUGACAUCACUGAGCCUUUGUGCUCAGAUUCUUCUCAAGGUCAAAAGGUAGAAAACUCACAAAAUUUGAGCUCUUCUGAACCCAGGUCUCUUCAAGAGAGUAAAGAACAUGUGAAACGAGAACAUGAAGGAAUAACAAUCUUGGUUCGAAGGAGCAGCAGUCCUGCUGAGCUGGAUCUGAAGGAUGAUUUACAGCAGACACAAGGAAGAUGCAGGGAGAGACAGAAGAGUGAAAGUACUGGUAGCGACACAGCUUUGGGCUCCAGCAAUGAGACAGAGCUACCCAUGAGCUCAUGGCAGACUUGUGAUGAGGACCCAGAACUCAACACUCCCACAGAUGCUGUGCCAGACUCUGAUGCCCGCCACUGGUUACAGCUGAGUCCUGCUGAUGCUUCAAACUUAACAGACAGCAGAGAAUGUCUUGCAGACGACUGUAGUAUAAUUGCUGGAGGGAACCUCACUGGUUGGCACCCAGAUUCUGCUGCUGUGUUAUGGCGAAGAGUCUUGGGAAUCCUUGGGGAUGUGAAUAAUAUCCAUUCACCGAAGAUCCAUGCCAGGGUUUUUGGCUAUCUCUAUGAUCUGUGGUACAAGCUGGCCAAGAUACGAGACAAUCUAGCGAUAAGCCUGGAUAACCAGUCAUCUCCAUCUCCUCCACUCCUGAUCCCACCACUCAGAAUGUUUGCAUCAUGGCUAUUCAAGGCUACAACUCUGCCAAAUGAAUAUAAGGAAGGCAAACUGCAAGCCUACAAACUGAUCUGCGCCAUGAUGACCAGACGCCAGGAUGUUCUGCCAAACUCGGAUUUCCUGGUACAUUUCUACCUUGUGAUGCACCUGGGAUUAACCAGCGAGGACCAGGAUGUCUUAAACACUAUCAUAAGAAACUGUUCACCCCGCUUUUUCUCCCUGGGUUUGCCUGGUUUCUCAAUGCUGGUCGGGGACUUUAUCACUGCUGCUGCCAGGGUCCUCAGUACAGACAUGUUGGCGGCACCCCGGGCAGAAGCUCUCACUCUCCUCGGCUCCCUCGUCUGCUUCCCAAAUACCUACCGGAAGAUCCCUCUGCUGCAGUCAGUGUCAGAAGGGAGUGAGGUCGGCACAGGAACGGAAGAUGUCAAGCAUUACCUCAUAAAUAUUUUACUGAAGAAUGCUACCGAGGAACCAAAUGAAUGUGCAAGAUGCAUUGCCAUUUGCUCCCUCGGGGUCUGGAUCUGUGAAGAGCUUACACAGUGUGCCAGCCAUCCUCAGGUGAAGGAUGCCAUCAAUGUGAUAGGUGUAACUUUGAAGUUUCCUAACAAGAUCGUGGCUCAGGUAGCCUGUGAUGUUCUUCAGCUGCUGGUUUCCUACUGGGAAAAGCUUCAGAUGUUUGAAACUGCUCUACCGCGAAAAAUGGCCGAAAUCCUCGUGGCCACAAUUGCGUUUCUUUUACCAAGUGCUGAGUACUCCUCAGUGGAAACAGAUAAAAAGUUUAUUGUGUCCUUGCUCCUCUGCCUCCUGGACUGGUGCAUGGCUCUGCCUGUGAAUGCCCUUCUCCACCCUGUGUCCACAGCGGUCCUGGAGGAGCUGCACCCACCCCGGGCUCCCUUACUGGAUUAUAUAUACAGGGUUCUGCACUGCUGUGUCUGUGGCUCAAGCACAUACACACAGCAAAGUCACUACACUUUGACCUUGGCUGACUUGUCAUCCACGGAUUAUGACCCCUUCCUGCCUCUGGCAAAUGUGAGGAACUCCGAGCCAGUCCAGUACCACUCAUCAGCCGACCUGGGGAACCUGCUCACUGUGGAAGAUGAGAAGAAGAGAAGAAGUGUGGAAUUGAUCCCCCUUACUGCACGAAUGGUGAUGGCCCACCUAGUGAACCACCUAGGCCACUAUCCACUGAGUGGGGGCCCUGCCAUGCUGCACAGCCUGGUCAGUGAGAACCAUGACAAUGCCCACGUGGAAGGUGCUGAGCUAUCCUCGGAGGUGUUCAGGAGCCCAAACCUGCAGCUCUUCGUAUUUAAUGAUAGCACCCUUAUCUCCUACCUUCAGACACCUGCAGAAGAACCAGAUGGAGGGACUUCAGGGGCUUCCCUUUCAGAUGUAAGAGUCAUUGUGAGGGAUAUCUCAGGCAAGUACUCUUGGGAUGGCAAGGUUUUAUAUGGACCUCUGGAAGGCUGCUUGGCACCCAGUGGAAGGAAUCCCUCAUUUCCAGUUUCUGGCUGGCAUCAACACACGUGUGGACCUCAGAAAGAUUUGUCUCACAGUGAGGAGGGAGAUGACGCUCUUGAUAAAUUACUUGAAAACAUUGGCCAUACAAGCCCUGAAUGCCUUUUACCAUCACAACUCAAUCUAAAUGAGCCUUCCCCACCCCCAUGUGGGAUGAACUGUGACCAAGAGAAGGAAAUCAUUGAGGUCAUCCUGCGCCAGAGCAUACAGGAAGAUGAGUAUGUUCAGAGGUGUAACUCUAAUUCUGCAGUGAAGGUCACCAGCCAAAGGCAGCCCUCCCCAGUGGAGCCGCGAGGACCCUUUUAUUUCUGCAGGUUGUUGCUUGAUGACCUGGGAAUGAAUUCCUGGGACAGAAGAAAGAAUUUUCAUUUGUUGAAGAAAAAUUCAAAAUUAUUGCGAGAGCUAAAGAAUCUGGACUCACGUCAGUGCCGUGAGACACACAAGAUAGCAGUGUUUUACAUUGCUGAAGGUCAAGAAGACAAGUGUUCCAUCUUAGCCAAUGAAAGAGGAAGCCAAGCAUAUGAAGACUUUGUUGCUGGUCUUGGAUGGGAGGUGGAUCUCUCAACCCACUGUGGGUUCAUGGGUGGUCUUCAGCGCAACGGCAGCACAGGACAGACAGCCCCUUACUAUGCUACCUCAACUGUGGAAGUCAUUUUCCACGUUUCCACUCGGAUGCCAUCAGAUUCAGAUGAUUCACUCACCAAAAAGCUCCGUCACCUGGGGAAUGACGAGGUUCACAUCGUCUGGUCUGAACACUCCAGAGACUACCGCAGGGGUAUUAUCCCAACAGCCUUUGGAGACGUUUCGAUCAUUAUUUACCCAAUGAAGAAUCAUAUGUUCUUUAUCACGAUAACAAAGAAACCUGAGGUUCCGUUCUUUGGGCCUCUGUUCGAUGGAGCCAUCGUGAGUGGGAAGCUGCUGCCAAGCCUUAUCUGUGCCACGUGCAUCAACGCCAGCAGAGCGGUGAAGUGCCUCAUCCCACUCUAUCAGAGCUUCUACGAAGAGCGAGCUCUGUAUCUGGAAGCAAUAAUUCAGAACCACCGGGAAGUCAUGACAUUUGAGGAUUUCGCAGCUCAAGUCUUUUCUCCCUCUCCCAGCUACUCUCUCAGUGGAACGGAUUAAAGCACAGAGCUGUCUCAUUAUACUUGAGCAAGGGGUCUUGAUCUCCAGCCUGAGUGUGAACCCCAAGAAAAUCCUCCAUGUGGAAGACACAGGCAAGAGUCCCCUGCUUUACCCAGAACCCUCAGACCCAGGCUCCUGGAAACUGCCAUUGUGCCAGCAUGUGCAGCAAGCCUUCCCAUUGUCGGGCUGCCAAGGUCAGAAGUGAUGUAGUUUGUGUGAAACUUUCAAACAAGGCUGUGUCCUCUUGUCCUGGAAUCUUAUAAACCCUGGACUUCAGAAGAAGAAGAGAAGAAGUUGCCAUCAGUCAGGAACAAGCCUGCUGUCAUGUGAACAAUGGAUAGUCUGGAGCCUCUAGUCAGAACACAGUAGCAAAAGGCUCGGGGCCCACAGGGAAGGGGCAGAGGGCACUUGUCUGUGUUCCCGAGUUGUUUUCCUGUCAUGUAUAUACCCAAGCUUGGUUCCCAAAAGGGCUGACAAAACAAUUGUAUAACUGUUGGAGGGAUUUCCUCCAUAAUGAUUUUGCUAAUCCUUGUGUUAGGGUUUACAGUUUAAUUCAAACUUUUCAUCAUCAAAAUUUCAUCAUCAUGGAAACUGGCUGUCCCCAGGGUCUUUUCCCAUAGGAAGUUUUUACCUCCGACAUCAGUGUACCUUUCUCCACCUGGUACCUGAGAUCCACUGACUUAGAUUUUCCUGGCAACAUAGUUCUGCCAGAUCUGGACAGUGAUGUUUCACAUGGAGUGAUCAGAAGUGUCCGGAAAUAUAGGCCUGUCCGCAUGAGAGCACUAAGCCGAUAUCUCAACCCUGCGCAGGCCAGCUCAGCCCAGCCUAGCUUAGUUCAGCUCAGCCCUGCCCAGCUCAGAUCAGCCCAGAUCAGCCAUACCUAGCCCAGCCCAGCCCUGCUCAGCCCUGCUCAGCCCAGUCCAGCCUAGCUCAGCCCUGCCCAGCUCAGCCCUACCCAACCCUGCUUAGUCCUAUCCAGCCCAGCCCUGCCCUGAUCAACCCUGCCCAGCCCUGCUCAGCCCAGCCCUACCCAGAUCAGCUCUGCUCAGCCCAGUUCAGCCAAGCCCAGUCUUGCUCAGCCCUGUUCAGUCCAGCUCAGCCCAGCACCACCUACAUCAACACACAAGAUUAGUGCCUGUUCCAGCUCCAGGGCUGACCAGCACCCACAUUGUGUCCAGUGCCACCCAAAUCUCACUGGUAGUCUUCCUCCUACCUAUUGCUCAAAAACCAAGACAGGCCUUGGAAACAAUUCUUGUCACUUAAGUUUUAGGGUAACAGAUUCCAAGCAAUAGAAUAUAUAUAUAGGCAUAUAUAUAUGCCUAUCUGACUCCAAGGAGAGUGUCUUGUGCCUGUUAGGGAUGGAAAAGAGGAAAGGAGUUAAAUGAAUCCCAGUAUCCCAUCCCUUGCUGGACAUCUUGGACCUUAGAAUCCAGCAACUAAGAGUCAGUUGACAGGGAAGACUUCUGUCCCCCUCCUCACCCUCUGCCCUGGCCCUAGCCCUAUCUCAGAGCUCCACUGUUGCUCCAUUUCCUGCUCUGCCUCAAAGCAAAACACAGAAAUUGCAACAGAGGUCAUCCCUUGCUGCAUGGGCCUGCUCCAUGAGGCCGUUUCCCAGUGCAUGUGUCUAGGGUGACCUCUUCCCUCCAACAGGAAGCAGUAAUAAGCUGUAGCCUGCAGGGACUCGGGCAUGGGGAGGAAAGCCCUGAUGUGGCCACCUCUCUACCUUCCUCUGCCCUCUAUUCGUGCACAUCUCUCCUAGCCUACUUGGUCGUUCCUCUGAGUCUGCAUGUCAUCAUUGUCCAUUCUCUCAGAGAAGCCAGCCUUUCUCAUUUACUGUAGAGUUGAUUUGGUAGAGAAAGGGGCAGAGCCAGAAAGCAGGCUUAGUCUUGCUGUGAGUGAGAAUUGUGAGAGCACCCUCCAUCUGCAGGGAGCAUCCAUCCAGGUGCUUUGAAGGGAAUUCUGCAGCCUUCCAUCACAGGCCAACAGACAGAAGCACCUGGAGAGCUGCCUAAAGAUCAUAAACACAACAGGACCUUGCAAAGCAGAAGGAAACCUCUAAUCCGUGUGUGCUGUUUCCUAAGAGCCCAGGAUGCUCACUUACUGGGAGCUUAAUGGUGACAGAAGGGUAAUGAGAUGCCAUGGCAUUACCCAUUGUGUCAGUGAUACCUUGAUUCUCAACCCGCCCACCCACCAGUGUGUGUGUGUGUGUGUGUGUGUGUGUGAGAGAGAGAGAGAGAGAGAGAGAGAGAGUUAGUUGAGCUUUCUAGUCUGGUUAUCCAGUAUUGCUCAGACUUCUAUUAUUGAUCUGUUAUUUGGCUGUUUACAAAGUGCCCAGACCUGACUCCUGCAGCAAGCACAGCAGCCCCUGCAACUCUUUCAGCAAGUAGCUUCUGCAAGAACACUUAUCUUCAGGCUGCAUAGACAGACCCCUGUUGUGGAAUUCUUGUCAUUUUGGAAGUCCUCUAUUUUUGUUUUUUUUUUUUUCCAGUGGCAACAGAACCCAGGGCCACAAUCCAGGCCCCAGAGGUCCUUUUUAACUCCCCCAGCCUUCUGUUUAUAAUUUUAUUUGCCUCCACAAGCCAACACUCCCAGACUUAAAGUGAUAAAUUAAAUUGGAAUUGAAUUUGGAGGUACCAAAUAAUUUGACCUUGUUGUAACCUUAUGAUUUUUAGCAUCCCCAUGUCCUGGGGAGGAACAGCAGUUUAUGUCUGUUUAUAAUUUACUUUUUUAGUUCAAGAUCCUUAGGUUGGUAAUGGCUCUGGUUAGAGACUUAGACUUGGGGAGUGUGGACUCUGGCAACCAUGUUUGGUUGGAUUUAGCAGUUCUUGUUAUUUGGGGUGGAAAAUUGAAAUUUGCUGUUUCUUUUUUUCAGUUGGAAAAGCAAAUAUUGUGUUUUCAUAAUAAAUGUGUUUUAGCAAAAUUGCUAAGGGUCACUCAUCCGGUAGCGACCCUCCAGAGAGCCACUCAUCACAUUAGUAUUAGUAGGUCAGCCAUCUGUAAUCAAAGUGGCCCUAAUUACCCCAAAGUGUUAUAAGACUCUCUGGGUUCCUGCAGGGUCUGGCCAGUGCCCUUACUUCUUGGCAUGCUGAUUGCCAGAUUUCCAUGAAGAGGGAAACUGAUGUUUAUAGUCUUGUUGAUUAGACGUUUAUGCUUUUAAAAAAAAAGUAAUCCUACAAAAUUAUGACUUUUUAAAAGUAUCUAGACCUUCAGCGGACAGGAAAAAAAAGGAAAUUUAGCCUGGUAAGUGACUCAGCAGCCAAGUUUGCAGCUCUUGAGAGCCCCGGGGAAUGGCCCCUGACUUGGUGAUGUGGCUAGUUAGUCGGACCCUUAGCCUUAUAAAGGAGAUCACAAAGCUCCAGUGAGCCAUGCAAAUCCUGUCUUCCUGACUGUCCUCAGGUGUCACUUCCUUCUUGCCACUAACCUGUGGUAGAGCUUUGAAGGACCCUCUAAGCCUUCCAGUGUGUCUUACCUGUAGCUGUGUUACUCCAUACCUACUGAAGGGGGUGUCACGUCUAAAGGAAACUUGUGCUUGUAUUUGCACGCACUUUCUAUGUAUAUGGUAUACACAGUAAGCAAACAUGUUCUUAGUUCAGUCUACAAUGUGUAGUGUGUGUAAAUAGGAGGACAAUUGAUAGAGAGGAUAAAUUAAGUUAUAGCAUGUUGUUUGAUUGUUUUGAGGUCUCUUGUUAUUUAGCUUCCCAGUGCUGCACAUUUAGGUUGUUCCGAGAUGGGGGGGGACCUCCAGGUUCGCCCCACCUUGGUAGGAGUGUACAUGUGCACUAGGGCACACUCCACGAAGGCAGCCAGGCUGGGAAAACACUUAGCUCCUUAAAUGGUGCCACUCAACUCCAGUCCGCUCCUUUUCGUUCUGAUUCCCUGGGAUGAUUUGAUGAGCUACAACUACAGCAUCUAGGUGCUGCGUGUUUCUGACAUUCUCAUAGUUUGUAGGAAAAUAAAAGCUUAUCCCAGCAUCUAUACAAAGUUGAUUUGCAUUUUUUUUAUUGAACAAAGUUAUUCAAAAGCGUUUUAUAAACCCAAAGCCAACAGGUGUUCAGUACGGUAACUGAUACCACUCAGAAGGCUUAUACAUACUCAUGCAGGAUCUACGUCAUGGUUCAUAGUAUGGAAUGCUGAUAUUCGGCCACCAGGGCACCUGCGGCCUCUGAUGUCACCGAGUACACUUCUAUAUAUAUGGUUCCUCGAGACUCUGGUCUACAGAUGGGACACCAUCCGUGUCCUCCACCCACCAUCUCACCGAAUUAAACCUAUCCCUGUCUUCAUAAUGGCAUGGCUAGGCCAGUACCGUCUGUUUUUACAACUGAUAUUAAGCCUCAUAGUGACCUUUGCCCCCUGCCUUGUCUUUCCUAGGCACCCCUGCCCUAUUCUGGCUAGGCACCCCUGCCCUAUUCUGGCUAGAGUUCCUGUCCUUAAGGAGAACUUUGGUAUUAGGUGACAGGCAAUAUGUAAUUUUGACCUCCUAGUGUGGCUGAAGCCAGGUACUGAUAUUUCCUGCCUCAGGACUCCAGCAAUCACAUUACAACCUUGUCUGUGGUCUCCGAGACCAUAGUGUGCCACUCCGUGUUCCGGACAACAGCGAAUUCUCAGAAUGCUGAACAACCUAGUUUAUAACAAAUCAUUCACUUGUUCCUUUAGCAAAUGCUUGCUGAGCACCCAUUACUUGCAGAACGUGUUGGUGUCUUGAGAAAGGGUCUAGGGAGUCAGGUGCAAAGUGGAGCCUCAAUUGGCCUGGCUUCAUUUUAGCUUUUAACUGAUAAUCAAGAGCUUAUAUAGUUCCUUCUAGAAACAACUGAAGCUUUGUGAGCCAGAAGCACUACUUCACAGCCUCCUGCUUCAUUUGGGCAUUUCUAAGGAGGAUUCAGAUUCCUGCCUCAUUCCCUCCCAGGGUAGAACUAAAGCAUCUGCAUCCUUUAUAGCUACCCGGAAGGUGAUGGAUGCCCAGAAAUUGACUAAGGAGCUAGAGGAGCCAUGCUGAUGGUGUUCGAGGCAGCCCCAUGUGUCUGUUGAGCUGGGUGGCCCACUGCUCUACAGCUGCUCCUUGGAGCUGAGUCCUUUCCUCUUGCUAACUGUUCAGCUCGGCAGAUGGCCUUC